AACUAACAAAGAAAAAAUGUUCUUUUCUGUUGGUUAGGUUAGGAAAAAGGUAGUUAGGUAUUAAUUGUAAAUUAUAAUAUAUUAUACUUAACACAUAUAUAACUAUGUAAUCAAGAUAAAUUCAUUUAUUUUUUUUUUGCUGACUAAAAUAAUAUAAACUAUAUUAGCCUAGUACACUGUAUGCUAUAAAUUGUUUCUGUUGCUACGGGUGAAAAAAAUCAAUAAUAAUAUACCAUAUAUAAGCAUUUUGUUUUUAAAAGGAACAUUUAUAUAUAACUGAUUACCUACUGUAUAUUUAAUUUUUAUUAAAAUAUUGUCUUAUGUAUAUUACAUAACUGUAAUUUAACUGUACUUGGCCACUUUUUUAUCAUAUCCAAUGAAUAAUAAAGAUCAAAGCGAGUCAGUUUUACAUUCUAAUGAUGGUCCAUAUUCUGAAGAAAUUAUUGGGCAGUACACCAUGGAAUUGCCUGUAUUUAGUAAUAAAAAAAUAAAUAGUACUCAGAAUCAACAGCGUAAGAAGAAAAAAGUUUUGAAACCAAUACGUAUGCACACAUUAUCGGCCACAAGAAGAAGACAAUCAGGCGUUUCAAAUUCACCAUAUCUAACUACUUAUACUAGUUGUACUGGAGCCCGAUCAAAUUCAUCAAAUGUUAAUAAUUUACUAAUUAACGAUCAUAUAUUACGGAUCAAAAAACUAGAAAAUGAACUGAUUGAAGCACAUAUGAAAACACGUGAAUUGAUCGUAGAAAACCGUUUAUUAAAAACACUGGAAAAGCGACAAGAAAAUGCAUUAUCUAUGUAUGAAGGUAAACAAGCCAAGCUACCACAGGCAAUUAAAUCAUAUGAAGAGGAAAUACGCACAUUAAAAAGCCAAAUACGUCAAAUUAAAAUUUCAUUUAAAGAAAUGGAAAAUAGAUACAAAUCACAGAAUAUUGAAUUAAUAGCUUUACAUAAACAGUACAAACACCUUUUAAGUUUAUCUCAAAAUAAACAGUUAAGUAAAAAAGAAAAUUUAUCAGAUCAAUUAGAAGAAGCACAGAGUACAAUAAAAAAACAAGAUGAUAAAAUUUUGAAUGUUAUGAAAAAAUUAGAACUUCAAAAUAAAUCUCAUAGGUAUCAUAGAAAUGUAGAAAAUAUUAAAAUCAAAGAAUUACAACAUGAAGUUAAACGUUUGGAAGAUGAAAACAAAAAACUAAGAUCGUGUUUGGAUAAACUUAAAAAUAAAAAUUAUGGUUCAAGACAAAGUUUUACAAAAGGCAUAACUGAAGAUUCAAUAAGUAUAAUAUCUCGUGUAUUAAAGCCUAUACAAACAAUACAUGAUGGGCAAGGUGAUGUAAUAGAUGCAUCUUUUUACAAAACGAAUGAGUCAAUAUCCCUUAAACCAGAAACGUUUCAUGAAGAUCAAGAAGAAAACAGAAGAUAUUCAAUGAAAAAUAAUAAAGAAUCAUACACAUCAACAACACCAAGCAGUAUGUCUUGGAUAGAAAAUGACAUGACCAAGUUGACAAAAGAAAACCAACCAGAACUAAUAAAAACUGUAAAAAAUGAUUUUGAAAAUAAAAUCAAACAUAAAGCUACAGCUCCAUUACAAGUACCAGGAACCUCCAUGACUAGAUCACAAAAAGAUAUACUUUUAGCAAAAUUAAAUCAAGUCAGUGAGGAUAAAGACAACUAUGAAAAUUAUUAUAAGUCUAAACUACUAAAACAAACAAUCAAUAAGAGAUACUCAUCAUAUGAUUCUGACAAUAUAAGUGGCGAAUCUUCCAACAGUGAUAGUUCACAAGAAUAAUGGAGUAUUAACUAUAUGUUUUAUAUUGAUGCAUUGUUAAUAAUAAAUAUACUAUUAUAUGUUUCAUAAUAA